AUGCCCGAAAUGACUGAAGAAUUGCCUGAAAAGGAUGUCAAACGCAUAGAAGAAUCGGCCAUCUUGUUGAAGAAAAUCGCCCAACUCGAAGCCCAUUUGGAAGAAAUGAAAAAGGAGAAAGAGGCCGAGAUGAGUCGAUUGGCAGCAAAUAUGGUUCAAAUCGAGGCGAAUUUGAGAAUCGCAAAGUUGGAGGCCGAUUUGGUUGACGAAAGGGAGAGAAUUGGAGAGUUGGAAAGGAAAAUCGCCGAGACGAAAAGGAAAAACGACGAUCUUGAAGCACAAUUAAGAACUCAAAUUAUGGAGGUGAGGGAAGGAAAGGCCAAAAUUGGAGAGCUCGACGGGAAAAUCAACGCGUUGCGGAGCAAAAACUUUGAUCUCGAAACCCAAAUAGAUCGUACGAUGACUUUCUUGGAUCGGGAUGGAUGGUCGUAUUUGGCAAAAACCGCUUCUUGGUACAAGGUUAUCGAUCAAUAUAUGACAUUCGAUGAAGCUGUGGCAUAUUGUGCGAGUCGAAGGAUCGAUUUAGUCUCAAUUCACAGUCAGGAAGAGAACGAUUUUGUUCAGGAACUCGGUUCGGCUACUUGGUCGGAUGGUUUCUGGAUCGGACUGAAGAGAAAUCCGGACAAAGGAAAUGCUUUUGAAUGGACGGAUGGAAGUUCGGUGGAUUUCACGAAUUGGGAUGAAAGGGAACUGGGUUCGGAAACCCACGCUGAGUUUUGGAGCUGCCAUGGGAAAUGGGGGACCACUCAACCUACCAUUCAGGAGGAAGCCCUCGUCGAAGGUUUUCUCGCCAAGCCAGCCGAAGAAAUCGCUCUCCGUCUGGACUUCAACGACAACUUGAUAGCUGUCACCCAAUUGCUCCGUCACCACAACGUUCCGUCUGCAGUCGCUCGCCACUUCAAAAGAGCCCUCGCGAUUAGAAGACGAGAACAAUCUCCGGUGACCCAUACAGCAGAAAGCCCAAAGGACAUUGCUCCAUCCAGCCAAGAAGAAGCUCCUGAAGAACAUCACGUACCAGCACCCAUUCCAAACGGCGUGAUUUUCACAACUCAAGAAGAAUCAUCAGGAGAAUAUCGCGUAUCAACGCCCAUUCCUACGGUGGACUCAGACGUGAUCUUCAACCCAGAGUCAAAAAGUCAACCUCAAAGUACUGAAGAAGCAGUACCCGGUACAAGCACCACGGUCGACGUUUCUCGCCAGACAUCACCAAGACGAAAAAGAAAACCUCGCAAUCGAGGAGCGAAACGACGGGCAGCACAGGCAAUUGCUGCGGCCGCCAGAACCAUUCGCUUCGACUCCAGCCGGCUUACCAUCACCUUCAACAAUCGACAG